UGUUGCAAAGCGUUGGCGAGCCAAGUGCAGUGAGAUCACAAACACUCGAAAGCACACACUAGUUGUCCCGCUUGCACUUGCGGCGUCGCUGCCGGCCCGAGGAAAUGUCAAAGUCUCUUCAGUAGCAAAACAGAAACGUCGCCAAGAAACAGCAAAAUCGGCGACAAAAUUAGGCAUUUAGCACGGCCGCACAUAUAGAUUGGGCCAGCGUAACGACAUAACGAGUGUGUUUUGGCGCAAGCUACUUAAUGGAGGCUGCCAAGGGAUAUGUGUGGGCCAAGUACCAGGGCUUAUGUAACUACCUGGAGCGGGACACCGUCGGCAGCGAGCUGGCCAUCUACGGCACCUCGGCCCUGAUGCUGGCGGUGGCCUAUGCGAAGCGCAAGCCCGCCUACCUAGUGCGCCAGUUUAAGCAGCCCUCGCACAUCCCGGAGCGACUGAUAAACGAGCGCGUGAUGCACACGGGCCGCAUCGCCGGCGUCCAGCAGCGCGACCAGGACACCCUGCUGAUGAUCCAACACAAGCCGCUGAUUCCACUCUUCACCAGCCGCAAGCGUCUGCUGCCCGUGAAGCUGCCGGGAGUGCGGGUGAAUGCCAACGGGUACUCCUGGCUGCAGCAGUGCCUCCUCGGACGGGAGGCCACCUUCCUGCCACUGAAGAGCGGACGUGAUGGGCAGGAUUUCGUCGUCUGUCAGCUAUGCCUGGUGCAUCCACCCAAGGGAAACCGCCUGGUGGACGUGUCCGAGACCCUGCUCAAGCUGCGGUUCGCCCGCUUCGCCCAGGACGCUGCUGCCGGUGUGAAGCGGAACGGCAAGUACUACCAGCACCUGCGCAAGGUGGAGCGGACCACCGCCGAGAAGGAGGCGUGGCUGUCGUGGGCCGCCAGCCACCCGUACAUCUGGCGGCGCUACUACGAGCUGAAGCAGCGCCUGCUGCCCAAGGAGAAGCUGCUGCCCGAGCUGGUGCGCUGAUCGGCAGGGAUCGGCCGCUUCCCUACACCUCCCCUAAUAGAUUAGUUCCAGGGCCAGUUGCAGCCCAACGAAACGAACGACAAUCGAUACCCCGGCGGUACGUGAGAUCGUGUGCUAAUUUCCACACUCAAUGAAACCUUAACGCCAGCAUUUUUUCAUCGUUAAUAUAAACAAAAUGUUUUUGCCACGGAUGACAUCAGUGCGUGUGCCUGUGUGUGUGUGUGCGUGCGUGUGUGCUUGUUGCCCAAA